AUGCAAUCUAUCUUUGUAGCGAUUGCUUUAGUCGUCUUGGUGGCAUUUGGAAAUGCUCAAGAUAUGCCUCAACCUGGUGUUUGUGGUGUUUCCGCGAUUCAAUCAAAAUCUCCAUCGCGUAUUAUUAAUGGUGAAGCAGCUACUCCACAUUCUAUACCUUUUCAACUUUUAUUGGUUGCCUUCCAUGACAAUGGAACAUCAAGAUUUUAUUGUGGUGCCAGUCUUGUUAAGAACACACAUGUCCUUACAGCAGCUCAUUGUGUUGAUGGUGUUGAUGCUAAAAAUAUCCGUCUCUAUUUCGGACUUCAUGAACUUUCUAAAGGUUCAUUCUCAGCAGCAGCUGGUACUCCAAUACGAGAAUAUUUCAAACAUGAAAGUUAUAGUAGCUCAAGUCUUACCAAUGAUGUAGCUGUUAUACGUUUAGCUAUGCCAGUUGUUGUUGAUAAUAUAAAAAUUGGUCUUAUUUGUUUGCCUCCAUCAAAUGCUCCUGUCUGUGCAGUUGGUCAUAAUGUCGUUGCAAGUGGUUGGGGUUCAUUAUCCGGUGAACCAAAUCGAACAAAUGCAAGUCGACCAACUGAACUUCAACAGGUUGCUCUUCAAUGCGUAGAUGCUACCAAUAGUGAUUGUAGAUCAUUGACUUACACUCUCUUCUUCGUUCAAGAUAAAUCUAAAAUGUGUGCUUAUGGUGAAAGUAAAGGCGUCUGCUUUGGUGAUAGUGGUGGUCCACUUGUACGAGAACGUGUUACUAGUGAUGGAAUAGUGUAUCGUGAACUAGUAGGUAUUAUGUCUGGCACAGUUGAUUGUUCACUUACAAGACCACGUCCCGAUAUUUAUGCCAAUACUAUUUACUUUAGUGCAUGGAUUUUAAACAAAAUUGCACAAUCACUAUAA